AUGGCCAGGAAAUCCAUGAAGAAAGAUUCCCUACGAAAUUCGCCAGAAGCCUGGAUCCAGGUCCUGGAGAAGUCCGCCGAGUCCCUUUUGCAGGUGAGCUCGGAUUGGAGAGCGCUGUCAUCCGACACAGCGGCCUCCGACAUCGAGACCCUGCAGCGAAGAGAGACGAGCCUUCGGGAAUUCUUGAAACGCUGUCCCUGGGGCGACCCGGCGAGCACUGCAUCGGCACCGCGGCAUCAGACAAGCGAUGCCCUGGUGACUGCGCACGGCCUCGCAACCCGAGCCGCUGUCCGUUGCGAGGAGGAGAAGCUCAGCUUCCUGCUGCGACAGGAGCGACACGCCAAGGGAGCCAAGGGAGCAGAGGCGAAAGAAGGCGAAGGCGAAGGAAGAGUCGUCGCCCUCCUCUCGAGCCUUGGACUCCAACGUUUCCGGCUCUUUGACAUCGAAGGCGCGCACGCGGCACUGACAGACGCCGCACGAUUGCAGGGAUCCGGUACUGUCCACUUGGAUCAUCAGCUCUUGGAGUACGCCACGAAGCUUCUGGCAGCAAGGUCGCCGAAGUUCCUCAGUGCAGACGAACUGCUGCAGCUGGAAGAACUGAAACUCGUGAAGGAGAGGCUUUUGGCAGCCUCGUACACGGAGUCAACGGUGAUGGAAGGAGCAGGCGCGGCUUGCUUGACAGAGUUCGUUUUGGCGAGAUCCGACGGCCUGUUGGAGCAGAGACUGCAGAUUUGGCAGCAGAAGCCCGGUUCGAGGACGAGGGCCAGGGCGAGCACGGCGGAUCUCGUGCGCUUGUUCCUUCUUCACCGAGCAAUUCCUGUCAGCCGGGUCGCAGCCCUGCUUGGACAAGACGUGUAUGACCUCCUGCUCCGCUUACAAAUCUUGUGCAAGAUCGAUCAGGAAACUUCAAGGCUCCUGCGCCUCACCGAAACUCAGGAGAGCUUCUCUCAACCCGACGCCUGCGCUGAGCCUUGCGAGCCUUGCGUCUUUGCGUCCGUCGCGAUUUGGCCGGUGGAGGGCGACCUGCUCGUGGCUACUGACUUCGAGUCGACCUGCUUCUCGGACGACACUGAGCCGGUGAUGUACCUCUCGGAGGACUCUUUGGCUUUGGCAGCCGCUGCACCACGGCGGCCCUGCCGCCGGCUGCUUGACCUUUGCUGUGGCUCGGGUAUCCAGGGCAUGGCCAGGGAUGGUGUGCUUCAGGAACUGGAGUUCUUAGGAAUCGUUGCGCUGCAGCACUACGCCUCAAGGGCGGUUUUCGUGGACGCGAAUCCCCGUGCCGUGGGCUUCAGCCGGUUCAACUUGGCCCUGAACGGCUUGCUGGGGAGGUGCGAUGGACUGUUGCAGAAGGAUCUGCGCUGCGAAGGGCUUGGCAAGAGCAGCCUCUUUGAUGCCAUUCUCGUGAACCCGCCUUUUAUGCCGAACCCCAAGAACAUCGCUACUGGCGCGAGUCUUCUAUUUGGAAACGGUGGGGACUGCGGAGAAGAGGUUCUUUCUGCCGCUGUCCGAUUGGCUAGCAGCCAUCUUGCUGCCGACGGGUGCCUGGCUGCGGUCUCGAAAGUGCCAAACGUCCUGCACUUUCCGACUCGCUUGAAGUCGUGGUGGAGCAUGGACUGCCCAAGGUCAACUGCCUGGGUCUUCCACGGGGCUAAGACACCCGCACGACAGUAUAUGCCCACUGCCAUCAGCAGUGGAGUCGAGCCAACACGGUAUCAAGAAGCACUGUCUGAGCAAGGCAUCACUGACUUGUCGCAAGCAGUCCUUCUUGUGCGUGUGGGCACUGGCAGCAUAUCCGGCCUGGAAGUUCACUUGAUGGAGACAGCUUCUUCAAAGCUUUGGCUGCAGACUUCCUUCCUCCGAUCGCUUCCGGCGACCGUGGAAGCCGUGCAGCUCAAAGGAACGCUCUUGGCAAUGGAUGCAGAAAAGCCGGCAGAGGAUGUGCCGGAAGAGCCGCAAGAGUCAGGGGCUGGCGAUCCAAAUGGCAGUGCACCGGCUGCGCCACGCUACGAUUACAUGAUCUUCCGGGAAAUGUUGAAGCAUGAGUCAGCGGUGCCGCUUUUAGCACGGCUGCAGGACUUUGUCAAGAAGUUCCCUGCUCAAGGCCUGUCCCGGGAGCAAGCUGCUGAUCGCAUUCACAAGUUCCUCUCUGCGACCCAGGACUGGAUGCUGUCGCAGGUGCUCGUCUUCGCAGCUGAGGCAGAUGAGGCCGGACAGACAAAUGCCGCUGAAGGGCUGGAGAAGUUCCUGCUGAGCAGAUUACAUGCCCGCCUUUUCGCCAUGGAGCCAUCGGACCUGACGGAGGACGAAACGCUGAGGCAGAAGAUUGACAGUUUCAGUUGGGUGGGCUUCGACAACCUGGGUGUUCCACCAGUGGACACUUCACUCUUACACUUGGCAGUGGAGCAGCUGCACAGUAUGGACAAGUUCAAGGCGCCACGGGACAAGAUGGUUUGCAUCGGGAAUUCCUGCCGCGUGAUCAACGACGUGCUGAAGCGUGCCAUUGUGGCAAGCGGUGCCAGCCGGCCGCUUUCAGCUGAUGACUUCCUGCCCUUGCUGAUUUACUCCCUGAUUUUGGCCAAUCCUCCCCGUCUCCAUUCGAACAUCGAGUUCGUGGCAGCUUUCAGGCAUCCUUCGCGACUUGUCGCAGAGGACGCGUAUUUUCUCACAGCAGUGCAGUCAGCUGUGGCCUUCAUCAAGGAUGCCGGGCACAAGGUGCUGGACGUCUCAGAGGAGGAGUUCAAGCAGUUAUGCAGUGAGUCCCUUGCCGCCAAAGGCUAUGCGGCGAAUGGCGCAGCCUCGACCCCACAGGAAGCAGCCACUGCAGCCGAAAAGGGCGCGGAGCUCAGCGACGAUGCCAAGAAAAGUGUGGCAGAGCGAUUUGCUUCUGUCGCCUUGAGCUUUGAGGGAGUACAGUCAGCCCGGCUUUUGAAAGUCGGCAAUGUGCCCGCCUUGCUGGAGGAAUACAAG